AUGUCCCGCAAUCCACAUGUCCCCGCCAACCUCUCCCCCGAGUAUAUGCGUCCUAGUCCCGUCAGAGGCCAACUAGAGCCAUACGACUCCAAGGCUCCGAACGGAUGGCGCUAUAUUCAGACUACAGAUACACCAGGAGAAUUCAAGGUCCUCCUCCCACCGGGUACAGCAGCCAUGUAUGAACAACUCCUCAAACUCGAAAACUACGAGUUGACCAAAAAGCCCACCUCGAUAAACUGGGAACGCAUCAUGGAGAUUCGACACUUGAAGGAUAGGAUGAUUCGCAAGUGCCAGAGGCUCGCUGGACCCCAUGGGAGCAGCAGGAAGAUUAGCCGCGGGGAGCCAUUCGUGUUCCAGACCUUGGUUGCGCCUUCGGAUUUUAGGUUGAAGGAGAUGGAGAAGUGGUUUAGGGACCAGCAGAAGAAGGUUGUUGCUGCCAGGAGGACGAGUACGGGUCAGGAAAGGGACAGGGGAGACGACACAACGAGGCGGCAUGCAGGGACCUCGUCGGGUGCUCAGCCGAGACUCCCUUCAUCGAGCAAACCACAAUUGCUGAUACGCGCCCCACCGAAUAUACCAGGUUCGAGCAAGGACAGGUCGUCAUCUGCUACUAUCCCAUCGAAACCAGUGAACCAACAGCUUGCACGCGUCUCAAGGGCGGAACGAAGUGUCUCCCUCCCAACCCCAACCUCUCGUCCAGCUUCAACACCUCGUGUAUCAAAACCUACCCCAGCGGCUGUUUUAUCCCCGCUCCCGCUACCGGUUCUGCUGUUGUCGCAGAGGGAGGAGUACGGAUUACCAGCGGAUGCACCUGUGGAUCCGUCGGAGAAACCUGCGCCGUUACUGCCUCUCCCACCUGACUCCCCACAAACUCCGAACGGCGAACCAUCCUCGUCCUCCCCGCGACCGGCGCCUAACCCGACCUCACCCACAGGUGACAUCCCCAGCGAUGGCUCCUCGGGCGCUAAAACUUCAGACGACGCGAACGGGGCUGGAGGAAGCAACGGCCAAGGUGUGACCCUGGGACCGGACGGGAAGCCACUACGAAGAAGACGAAGUUGUAUCAAGAGGAGUAGUAUGAGUGAUUUGGUCAAGACUGUCUCAUGGGCCGAUGCCCCGCAGGAUUUGGAUAAACAGGCUCAGAAUUCUGGAACAUGGACAGAACUCCGCACCCUCUACACGGACCAGAUCAAGAGCCUCGAAAGCCUUCACGAGCAAGUUACACAAGGACUUGACCAUCUACAGGCAGAGACAGAACAUUUACAGAGGAUUGAAGAGGGUGUGAGGAGGCAGAGGGAGGUAUUGGAGAAGGCGUUUAAGGAGUUUGAGGAUCGCAGUAGCUUGUUCAAGGACAAAGUACAAGAAGCGUUAACAGAAGCCAACGACAACCUCGCUCGAGUUGGGAGUUCCACUGGGAACGGAAACGGAAGUAGCAGUAGACCUGUGCUACCACCAAUUGACGAAAAUUAA